GGCACUCACAUCUUGAAAUCCAAAUUCAAGAUUUUAAAGAAAUUUCUGAGCUCGAUCACUAUCAUGGCUUUGUCUGCUGUGACAUCUGCAGUGACAACAAUUGGCAACCUGCUAACUGAGGAAGCCAUAUACCUAUGGGGCGUGGAGGAGCAAGUUGAUCGUCUGCAAACAGAGCUCAAAUGGAUGCAAAGAUACUUAAUGGACGCAGAGACAAAACAAUCAAUGGAUGAGAUGAUUCGUCUUUGGGUUGCUGAAAUCAGAGAGCUUGCUUAUGAUGCCGAGGAUGUUGUCGAGGAAUUUGCUCUCAAGAUUGGAUCCAAAAACAAAGGAGGUCCUGCGAGUUGUAUUAAAAGAUCAGCCUGCUGUUUGAAAGAGGGAUGGGCACUCCACAAAACCAGGUCAAAAAUCGAGAAAAUCAAAGAAAGAAUCAACGACUUGGUCCGAAAACUACAGGCCUACGGAGUAAAGGACAGAGGAGAAGAAUCAAGUUCUUCAACUGAAAGACGAGAAUCAAGGCGGCCUUAUCCACAUAUUAUGGAUGAUAAUAUUGUUGGACUAGUUGAUGAUACCGAGGGAUUGGUCAAAGUUCUUACGGAGGAAAGUGGAUGCAAGGUUGUUACAAUAUGGGGCAUGGGUGGUCUGGGAAAGACCACUCUCGCCAAGAAAAUAUAUCACCAUCGUCAGGUUAUUGAUUAUUUCGAUCACUUGGCUUUUGUAUAUGUUUCUCAACCAUGCCAGAAAAGAAAUGUUUGGGAAGACAUUCUAUCUGGUUUCAAAACUUUAGAUAAAGUGGACAGGAAGAUAAGAGAUGAAGCAUUAGCAGAGAAGUUGUAUAACAUUUUGGGGGUUAAAAAGUGUCUGGUGAUACUUGAUGAUAUUUGGACCACUGAAGCUUGGGAUAGUCUAAAACCUGCCUUUCCAGUUGCAACGGGCCGUCAUAGCAAUAGCAAGAUAUUGCUCACCUCUAGAAACAGGGGGAUAGUUUCAGAUGCUGACAUAAGAGGUAAAAUUUUCUUAAUUAGAUUGUAUUUCCUCAAACAGUUUCUUAAGCACUUUCAUGGUAUUCUUUUAUAUGUUUAUCCUGGAUCCUUGCAUCAGAAAGAUGGAGGCGCAGGAAAUAAAAUCGGUGAGGAAUUAAAAGAGUUGGGAGAGAACAUGGUUAAACAUUGUGCAGGGCUGCCAUUAGCCAUUGUUGUAUUGGGAGGAAUUUUGGCUACAAAGAAUAAUUCAUUAAACGAAUGGCGAAAGAUAUCUGACAAUGUAAAAUCAUACUUGAAGAGAGGCAAAAAUCAAGGACCAGAGGAUGUGUUAGCAUUAAGUUAUGAUGAUUUGCCUCCCUAUCUAAGACCAUGUUUCCUCUAUCUAAGCCAUUUUCCGGAGGAUUAUAUGAUAGAUGUGGAUAGAUUGAUUCAAUUAUGGGUUGCUGAAGGUAUUGUGUCAUCAAAGCAAGAAAAAAGAGAUGGUGGGGAAAUUGCGGAAGAUGUGGCGGAAUCUUAUUUAAUGGAGCUUGUGGAAAGGUGCUUGAUUCAAGUACAAGAAAGAGAUGUGGCAACCUUAAAGGUAAAAACGAUUCAGAUGCAUGAUCUGAUGAGAGAUCUUUGCUUAUCAAAGGCAAAACAAGAAAAUUUUGUCUUCAUUGUUGAUCGAUCGAAUGCAUCUUCAUUAUCUAUGAUUCGGAAGGUUGGUAGGGUUUCUGUGCAUGAGUUUUUUUUCAUAAAAUGCAUUAAAAGUCCAAAUAUUCGAUCACUUUUGUUCUUCAAUGAGUUCUUUCCGGAUGAGGCAGUAGAAAAAUCUUGGCCCUUGGAAGUGUUGAAUUACGUUGAAGAACAUGAAGAUUAUGAUUGUAAUCCACUGUAUUGGAUUCUUUUCAUUUCGGGAAUUAGUACGAUGGCACUUAAAAUUCGAGGAAUUUGGAGAUACAUGUUCAACAACUUCAAAUUGCUAAGAGCCCUAAACUAUGAAAGAACAGGAGGUGAUCCUUCUGUAGGGUUUAAGUUACCCAGUAAUAUAGGUAAUCUCGUCCAUUUAAGAUUCUUGAGUCUAAGGAAUCUUAACUUCCAUUGGUCAAAGUUGCCAUCAUCUCUAGGCAACUUAAGGUGCUUGCAAACCUUGGAUUUAAGAGUUGAUAAUGUCAAAAUUCAUGUACCUAAUGUGAUAUGGAGGAUGGAGCAACUAAGACAUUUAUAUCUCCCUUUGAGAUGUAAAAGCAAUACUAAGUUGAAGUUGGGCACUUUGAGAAAACUCCUAACACUUGUGAACUUCAACACCAAGAAUUGUUAUCUGAAGGAUCUUAUCAACAUGAAAAAUCUUAGAGAGUUGGGGAUAAAUUUUCCCUUCAAUAUUGAAAAUUUCAAUGAGAAGGACUUGGGCGAGAAUCCACCCAUAAUCGGAAGUAAAUAUCUUCAUUCCUUGUUUAUUGUUUCCAUUGGGGAAUCCGGCACAGAAAUAGAUCCAAGACAUUUGGCCCACCUCCUUUCAAAUUGUACUAGUAUUUGCAACUUAAGUAUAGCAGUAAGGAUAAGUGAGUUACCAGAGUAUCACUACUUCUCUUCACAUCUCGCUUACAUACGGUUGAGUUGGUUCAAGUUUAGGAAAGAUCCAAUGCCAACACUAGAGAAGCUGCCUAACUUAAGGAUUCUUGAAUUCGAAAGUUCUUUCAAAGGAAAGGAAAUGUUUUGCUCGGGUUUUCCUAAACUUGAGUCUCUAAUCCUUGGGGGGCUCGAAAAUUUGGAGGAGUGGAAGAUGGAUGAAGGAGCCAUGCCUUCUCUUCAGCGAUUGGAGAUCACGUAUUGCAGAAGAUUGAAGAUGCUUCCAGAGGGAUUGAGGUUCAUUACAACCCUCAAAGAACUGAAGAUUGAAUUAAUGCCAAAGGCAUUCAAAGAUAGAUUGGAGGAAGGAGGAGAAGAUUUCUACAAAGUCAAACAUGUUCCUUCUAUCAUAUACUGGUUGAUUGUUUGUUGUUUUCUUCAAAUUACAAUAAAACGGUUGCAAGAUAAGGUAUGGGAAGAAUGGGAGGUGUCUGGAUUAGCAAGUUCUUUCAAAGGAAAGGAAAUGUUUUGCUCUGCUCAGGGUUUUCCUAAACUUGAGUCUCUAAUCCUUGCGGAGCACUUCGAAUUGGAGGAGUGGAAGGUGGAUAAAGGAGCCAUGCCUUCUCUUCAGCGAUUGGAGAUCAAGGAUUGCCCAGAAUUGAAGAUGCUUCCAGACGGAUUGAGGUUCAUUACAACCCUCAAAGAACUGAAGCUUGAAUUAAUGCCAAAGGCAUUCAAAGAUAGAUUGGAGGAAGGAGGAGAAGAUUUCUACAAAGUCAAACAUGUUCCUUCUAUCAUAUUCCAAAAAUGUGGCUAA